AUGUUUUCUGAAUACGCCUCCAGGUUUCUAGCCCAGUCCCAAUCUCGCAUCUCCAACUUCGCCGGCCAGCCCGAACACGACGACUCCAACAACACAGCCGACUGGCCCUCGUCACGGCCCGGACGACAUCGCGAUGCCGUCGGUCGCGGCGCACCCCCAGGCUCGAGGUCCUUCCUCUCCCGCGGCAACCCGUACCAGCAAAACGGCACAGGCUCCCGCUUCGGCAACCUCGCCUUUGCGUCACGCAUCUCGGCCGCACAGGACGCCCCGCUGUUCCACGGCCCGCUCGACGAGUUUCGCGAAGAGGACGACGAGGAGGAGCGCGACCGCGAGGCCGCCGACCUAUAUGCCCUGCAGCGCUCGCGCCGUGUCGCUGCCGCUAGCAAGCUCGCCGAGAGCACCGAGUCCGACUACCACAGCAGGGGUUCGCUCGACGAUAGCACACGUGAGGAUGACGACGAUCCGUAUCGCGGCCGCGGCCGCGGCAUCAAGAGUAGCUGGAAUGGUGCAAGGAGCGGCGCCGGCUUCCAGCACAACGUAGCACGCGACACUCUCCACGAGGAGGCCGAGGAGGUACCCUCCGUAGCCGCGGUUACGAAAACAACAUCACAGAACCGUGGCAAUAAGACAGGCAUGGUGGAUGUAGGGCUGGAGUCGCAGGAGGACGAUGACGACGAACCCCCCGAGUCGCUUCUCGGCGACGCCCACACCGACUCAAGUCCGCCGCCAUUUCAGCGCUUCAAACAACAACGGCAACCUCAGUCUGCCGAGCAAACACCUUUCUUAUUACGACGGUCAUCGACGGAUCGCUCCGAAAUGAGCAGCUUACAACGAGAAGAUCCCGCCCAAGGGGAGCCGAUGGAGGCCGGCCCCAUGUACAUUGAAGGCGAGCUCUUCCGACACGAUCCCUUCUUUGCCUGGAUCUUCCUCAUCAGCUUCGCCGCCAUGCUGUCCACGUUUGUGUUGGUAUGGCUGCACACAUCCCCUAAAAAGGGCCCCGUGGGCGACACGAUAUACAUGACUCUCCAGCGAUCCUUCCACAUGCUCGCUGUAGACACUGUCGUGGCCAUUUUCGUAUCCUUUGUCUGGCUGGCUGCUCUGCGGUCCUUUGUACGACCGCUCGUCAGCGUCAUCCUCGUCGCCGUGCCCGCCAUCAUGUUCUCCUUUUCCCUCUACGCCUUUGUCUCCUCCUUCAAGGGCCGCACGCAUGGCGCCAGCGUGCAGGACAGCGUCAUGCGCUGGGCCGCGCUGCUCCCCGGCGGCGCGUGCAUUCUCUGGCUGUGGAUGGUCGCCAAGAGUCGCAAGGCCAUCCAGCAGGCCAUAGAGAUUCUGCAGUUCUCCUCUCGCAUCCUCGCGCAAAACGCCGCCCUGCUCGUCAUGGGCUUCGCCUGCCUCGCGCUCAUCGUCGUCUGGACGUGGGCCUGGCUCGUCAUGUUUACGCGCGUCUUCAUGGGCGGCUACUUUUCCACCUCGCUCGUGCGCUUCGUCAUCCAGCUCUCCAGCUGGUGGCUCGGUGCCGCCUUCGUCUUCAUGUACAUGUGGACCAUGGCCGUCAUGAACGGCGUGCACCGCGCCACCACGGCCGCCACCGUUUCGCAGUGGUACUUUCACCGCAACGCCGGGCCCGCCGCGCCUUCUAAAGACAUUGUGCUGGCCGCGCUUGGCCACGCCGUCACCACUAUCUUUGGCAGCAUCUGCCAGUCCACGCUCAUGUCGCUGCUCGUGCGCGCGCCGCUGCUGUUCCUGCCGCGCCGCCUCGGCGCCGCCAUCACAAACGUCGCCUCGUUCUGGAUCCCGACGCCCGUGGUGGCGCUCACCAACCCCCUCACCGUCACCUACGCCGCCAUCCACUCUCAGAGCCUUGCCACGUCGGCGCGCGGCCUCGACCAGAUGGAGUUUGUCACGCCUGCCAUGCCCACGACGACGCUGACCCCACGCGCGCUGCGCAUGCGCGGCCAGCAAAACGGGCUCAUGCCCUACCGCCUCGCUAAGCUGCUGCUCGUGGCUACGCGUCUGCUCAUGGCCACGGCGCUCGGCUUCGCGGGCUGGGUCAUCACCGCCAAGCAGCUGCGUCUGACCCUGCCGGAUGGUAUGGGCGUACGUGGCUCCGCAUACGCGUACGUUGUCGGCCUCAUGGCCAGCUUCAUCGGUUACUCGGUCAUGGGUGCGAUGGAGGGCGUGCUUAGCGGCAUUGUCGACGCCGUGCUCAUCUGCUACGGCAGCGAGCGCCGCAUGGAGAUGGGCCACGGGCGCUUCUGUCUCGAGGCGGCGUACUUGUUUGGCGAGAGGCGUGCGGGCGGUAUUGGUGACGACCAUGUGUGA